AUGACUUGUCUAUUGGGUUAUCAAGAAUGGGAGAACAAACGGGGGUCGCGGGGGUCUCAGUCUUCCGGAACCAGCAUCACUGUAGACAUUGCUGUCAUGGGAGAAGCUCAUGGACUCAUUACAGACCUGCUGGCAGACCCUUCAUUACCCCCACAUGUUUGCACGUCCUUACGCGCUGUCAGCAAUCUGCUCAGUACCCAGCUGACCUUCCAACCCAUACAUAAACCCAGAUUUAACCCACUGGUGACUUUUAAUGAGAACUACACCUGCUCAGACUCAGAAGAGGGUCCUGAAAGAGGAGACAAGAUGACCAUACCCAAGCGUUUAAGGAGAAGUCUUCCACCAGGACUACUACGAAGAGUGUCGUCAACAUGGACAACAACGACCUCUGCCACAGGGUUACCCACAUUAGAGCCAGCGCCAGUGCGGAGAGAUCGAAGCGGAAGCAUCAAGCCCCAUGAUACAUCCUCAUCUAGCGGCAAUUCAGAUUCUUGGAACAACUCCGCUUUGACGAAUCUAAGUAAAAGUCGCUCAUUCUCAAUAUCCUACGCAGUAUCCAAUACCAAUCACCUGAAUUCCAAAAGGAGACAAGGUAUUCCUCCAAAUAUCUCCCCUCUAACAUCUCCAUGUCAUUCUCCCAUCCAUGGUACUCCAGCCCCAAGCCCCACUGUUAAAACCUUUCCUGUUCCAUUUCCUGAAUCCACUGAUGUCACCAGGCUGGGCCUGAAUCCGCACAAGCCCUUAACAUAUACAAAGAGCGCCCCUGAGCUUCCAGAGAUACUACCUGAGGCACCUGUCUGUUGUAGCUGUGGAAGACCGUACGACCAAAUAAAUUCUUAUGAAAGAGCGGCAGAGCCAAGUGAGGACACAACACCGCUGAGGAGGACAGAUGAUCGUUCUCAUGCCACGUCUGACUAUGACAGCACUCACGAAACCAACAACAGUGACAGCAGUGACAUUUUACAGAAUGAUGAGGAGACAGAAAGUGGCAAGGAGCAAACGCAGUCGCGGAAAAGUUCUAUCUGCAGAUCGUACAGACCAGACAGCAUCAUCUUGCAUCCCUUAAUAGAAACAGAGGACAAACCGAUUCUUGCUCCAGAACCUCUCGUCAUGGAAAACAUUGAUUCCCUUUUGGUAGAGGUAAACAAUUGGAACUUUCCAAUCUUUGACUUUGUAGAGAAGACUGGGACGAGAUGUGGUGAAAUACUUAGCCAGAUGUCGUAUCGGCUUUUUGAUGACAUGGGGCUUUUGGAAACCUUUAAAAUCCCAUUAAGAGAAUUCAUGAACUAUUUUCAUGCAUUGGAGUGUGGGUACCGAGAUAUUCCGUGUAAGUACUGGAUUCAGCUUUACUCCCCAGGGUACAUGCCUGCUUUAUUAUUGAUCAGCAUUGAUGGGCGUAAGACUUCUGAAUGGUCUCUAAUCAAACACAAAUGGAGUCCUUACUUGGGGCUUCUCCUGGUCAGGAAGUGGAAGAUGGAAUUGGUUCCACCUGGAGUCUUGCUGGCUCCGAAGAAGAAAAAAUGCAAGAGAAAAAUCUACUGCCAGAUCACUCAUCAUUUAAUGGAGAACCACAAAAUGUGGAAGACUGUUAUUGAAGAGGAGCAAAAAUUAGAUAAUGCUGAUAAACUGUGUCAAGAAACGUCCGGCCAUCACCAAACUUCAGAACACAUCCAGGCAAUCAGCGAAGAGGAAGAAGAGAAAGGGAAAUCUGAAAGUCCAACCGCACAACCUAACGAAUGAGCAGUAUUUAAAUAAACAAUUGUGGUCCAUAGACUUGUUUCAAGCCAGCACAAUAUUUAGACACAGCACUGUAGAAACAUGGAACAAAUGUGCCUAUAGCGUUUUAUUUUUCCUUCUAUACAAUGAGGUUCAUUGUAUGCCCUCUAUUACUCAAGGAUGCUUCGGCACUAGCCGCUGGCUUUUCAAAAGACUUAUCAGAUGGAACCAUAGGAAGCCAGUGUUUUGGUCACACACUUCAGAAACAUAUACAUAUUAUAUAAAUAUAUAUAAUUUUUAAGCAUUUAUAUAUAUGAUGGUCAAUGUGAUACACAAAAUAUGGUUUAAAGGUAACAGUGCUUCCAAAGCACAUAUUUUGUUAACUGCAAGGUACUAAUUAAGAAGCUUUUCCUCUUAAUUCCAAGGGAUAAACGUUCCAAAGCUUUAUCAGAAUUCUGAUAUAUCCUGCCAACAUUUUUUGUGUAAUAUAUUAUUGUAGUUUAUGGGAGUUUGCAUACUUAAUAAAAAGCUGCAGCACUGUAGAACACGGCAUGUGAAGUAGCUAAAGAAGGAAGAAUUUAUUUUUCAUUUCUACGUUGUUUAUGCUGUGAGCCAAACUUCUAUUUAAAGUUGAAAUUCACUUUCAAUAUUUUAUUUCACAAUAUUAUAUUUGUCAAUGAUAGUUAUCUUGAUGUACAUAUAGAGAAAUUUUUAAAUGUUCCUGUAGAUAGGCAACUUUUUUUAAGAAACAUUUUUUUGUAAAGAUAAUUUUCAAUUCACCAGUUUUUAUAGCCAUGUGGCAAUCGUCAUCCUUAGAAAGUUAACACACAACAAUAGUCGUAUGCUCUAUGAGAUUUGCUAAUUGGAAAAUGGACAAUUAGUUCUGUUGCCAAAGUUUGUUAUUUCAAGACUUGGUUGUUUAUCAUUUUCAUUGUUCAAGUUGAAUUUCCAAUAUUAAGAGUUAAGAACACAAAAAGGAAAUUAAUUCCUUAAGAUAUAAAAGGGUAAUGUUCACUGUAUGAUCCAUAAUGAUCAACAUAAAUCUUCAUUCUCAUCACAAUUUGUGUCUUCCUAAAAUUUUAAAUGUUGAACCUUGAUGACCUUAAUUUUCCAGGUUUAUUCAGAACAGUGAAUGUUAUGACCUGGAAAACAUGAAUAUGUACCAUUACAAAGUCAAUCACAUUGUUAAUUGUCUGUUAGUUGGUUUUGUUUCAUCCUUUUCACUGUAGCCAUCAGACAUAGGGAGAUCUUCAGCCAUAAAACCUCAGCCAUGAAGAUCAUUAGUCACUGAGUAUUGACAAGACAUGAAGAUAUAGGUAGCUUCAAACCUUUUUAAGACAUAGGGAGAUUAUUAGUCAUCAAACCGUGACAAUAAAUAAGGGAAUCUGCAACCAUCAGACCUCAGCUGUCUAUGAAACCUGACAAGGUAUAAGAGAUGGAAAGCUUUAAAUCUUUUAGAUAGUUAGAUGGGUAGCUUUCAAACCCUGAUAAGAAAUAAGAAGGUUAGUAGGCAUGAAACCUUUACAAGGCAUCAAGAGAUAGGAAGCUUUUGAACCUCUAUCAUAUACAUAAUGAUUGGUAAUUAUAAAUGACAAGACACUAAGGCAAAGGUGGCAUUUGAAACUUGGUUAUACAUAGAGUUAAGUGGUCAACAAAUCAUGACAAGACAGAAGAUGAAAGGAAGCUUCUGACCUUGGCAGGAAAUUGCUAGAUCAGUAGCCAUUAAACCACCUGACAGAACAUCAAGUAGCUUCAGCAGACUUUAGUAGUUAUUAUAAAAUGUAUCCUUCUGAAUGUGAUGCCCAUUUAUGUCAGGAAGGAUUUCUGCACUUGAUAAAUAUGAUCUUUUUCAAUUCACAUCCAUUCCAUUCUUUAUUGUACAGCAUAGAUAAUGUACUGGGAAUUAUUGUUCAGACCGUAUUAUUAGUUGUUUGUAAUUCCCACCUGGAUAGUUUACGGGUCCAAAGAGGAAACUUGUCUCCUCAAUAUUUUGCUACAGUAUAUACUUGGACGUUUGUGUUCCAUUCUAUGUUGUUUCAUUAACUUAUUCCUUGUUAUUUCCCCCAUUUUAAUUUGUGUUUCCAGACCAGCUUAUGCUUUGCACUAAUUUCCCAUAAUGGCACAAAAAUGUGUCAGGGUUUUGCACAGGUUCCAUACAAUUCAUUGCAGUAUCUGUAUAAUUUCAUUAAGCAAAGUGUGUGCAUUACAACACAGUUUCUUCCCAUAUUUAGGUUUGUUAACUUGCAGAGCCGGGUUUAAUCUACCAGUAUAUGUUAAAUGCUAAAAAAACCACUAGCACUGGUUUUAUAUGAAAUGUUUACCGCUAUAUGUUGAACACAGUGUGAAGGAGGAUUGUUGAUAUAUGAAAUAUACAGAAUAAUAUGUGCCUAGAGGAAUAAUGUAUAUUGAUUUAGAUUUUAUAUUUUACAUACUAAAGCAAUAGCACGGUAUAAUUCCACAUCACUGAGCUUUCUGCUGUGCACGUUACACGGUGUAUUUCUAUCAAUGCCGGAUUGUGGAUCUCAGGUCUUUGUACAUGAAGGAAAAUAUUGCUCACCUUGCAACAUUUGUCAUUAUUAUAUGGUGGGUAAUUAGAGGUCAAACCAAAACAAGCAAUAGCAUUUUGCAAGAGUUUGUUUCUAAUGCCAUGAGGCAAGCUGGCUGUUUCUGAUUGGAUGUCAGUAACCCCCCACAUUACUUAGAGGAGUAUUAUAGUUGUCUCUAUAGAUCUGCUUAAGCCUGGACUUCCCCAUCUGAAAAUGUUUCUUCUAAAAAAUAAUAUUUUGGUUUAUUUAUUUCUAAUACACCACAUAAGUAAUUAUAGGUAUAUGUAUAAAAAAAGUGUACACUUAUUUGCAUAUUAGCACAGCUAAAACUUGUGUUACCUUUCGGAUCGAGUUUACAUUUUGAUUUGAUUAAUGAGGGCACCAGACCCACUCCCAGGGAGGGUGGCAGCUCAUAGUUAUGUCAUUUAAAGCCCCCUCUCUUGUUAUAUGAGGAUACAAAAUUGUACCAAAACUGCGGUGUAGAAACGUUUCUUGUAUAGGGAAGAGACUGACGUUGGCACAAGAUACAACAACAGUUUUGGUAUAUGUCAUUAAAGCAUUGAGCCGCCUCCUAUACCCCUGACAUACCGUGGUGCCUGGCACUGCUAUUAGAAGCGGUCACUGGGAGUGAGCUACAAAAGGUUUGUUUUCUUACCAAAAACCCAGUGACCCGAUACCCAUGUAACUAAAAAUAAAAAUGCGCAAUAAUAUUGUAAAGGUGAUAUUCUGUAUUAUUUCUGAGUUUAUGUGACUAUCCAUUUUCAUCCAUGUGUUGCAUUAGGGACACCGUUUAAAUGCAUGUCAUUGCCAUUUUUACCUUUGGGUAAACAAAAAAAUAAAGAAAAUAAAACAACACAUUUUUGCAAUA